AUGGAGAAGAUGAAGCAGCAUUCAGACAUGGUUGGAUUCGUCGCCGACGGCCAAUAUGGGAGUCCGAGAAGAUGCCCAUGUGGUGGAUCUAUCAAGCACGAUGUAUCUCAUUCUCCAAAAAUUAAACACGAUUUCGAUACUCAACCAGGCAGUAGGUACUUCACCUGCACCAAAUUUAAGGAUGAUAGACUCCACUUUCGUCAGCCAUGGGUUUUCGGAAUCGAACAAGAGAUUGAGAAGCUAGUUAUGAAAGUUGAAGAGCAGAGCAAGACGAUUGAAGAAAUGCGAAAACAGAUUCAAAUCCAAGCCGAAGAGAUAGCGAAGCUCAAGACUUAACAAAUCUGUAAUUUUCUUUAAUUGUUGUUUUAAUUGUUGUUCAAGACUAACGUUUCCUUGCACUUCAAUGUUUUAUAACUAUUUUUAGUGUUU